CCAGUGGCUGCUGAGUUGUUGUGGAGGACACUUGGUUGUGCAGAGAUGGACACAAGGAGGGCGAGGACGAGUGAUGACUCAGCAGCUCUGAAGCCUUAUAAAGAGACCACCCGUCCAGGUCCGUCACAGCAGAGACCACCAUGGCCCGACUGCUGAGCGUCUUAUUCAUCCUGGUCUUCUUCUUCUUCUCCGAGACGCUCCCGGCCAAGCCUUCAGGGUACCAACUGGACUCGCACGCUCUGACGCCAUGCCAGGCACUGAGGGGAGGGGCCAAUGUCCCGCAAUGUACACAAGAUGGAGGCUUCAGGCCUGUGCAAUGCAGUGGGCAAGACCAGACGUGUUGGUGCGUGGAUGCUGAUGGACAGGAGGUGCCUGGGACGCGAACCAACGGUUCCAUUCCUCAGUGUGCAACGGCAUGCCAGCUGCAAUCCACCCUGCGGUGCUCACCGUCGGGACAUUUCCUGCCAGUGCAAUGUGACUCCAGCAGGGGGCAGUGUUGGUGCGUGGACCGGGAUGGCAUGGAGCUGUACGGGACGCGGCAGAGAGGGACACCGCACCGAUGCCCCGGCAGUUGCGAAGUGAGAGCGAGGCAACUCCUUCAUGCCACCGCAUCGCCUUCACCAUCUUUGCUGCCUCAGUGCUCAGAGGAUGGCAACUUCCUUCCUGUUCAGUGUAAACUGAUCAACAUGACGGACAGGCAGGAGUUGGACCUUCUGCACGCCUUUAACACCUUCCCACAAGCCUUUGCGACAUUCACCGCUUUCAGGAAGUCUUUCCCGCUGGUCUCCUCUUACUGUUUCUGCUCAGACAGCGUGGGCCACGAAAUGGCCAACACAGGUGUGGAGCUCCUCCUCUCCAACGUGUAUGACUCCGCUUUCUCUGGACCCAACUUGGCUCACUCCUUCUCCGAGUCCAACGUGUACAAGGUGCUGCACAGGAGGACGCUGGGGGUUCUCCUGGCCAUCAGCGGACGCUUCAGAUGUCCUUCGCCCUGUGAGGAGGAGCGGCGGGCAGCGACAGAGGCGUCCAACGUCUUGGUUCCAUCCUGUGAGGAGGGCGGGGCCUUCGCCUCAAAGCAGUGCCAGCAGGGGCAGUGUUGGUGCGUCGACCCCACAGGGGCGGAGCUUCCUGGGACGCGGCAACAUGGAGAUAUCUUGUUUUGUGGUUUGAGCGUGACAAACGACUGUCGCUCUCAGCGGCGUGCGGCACUGGCCCGCUUGUUCACGGGCCCACUGGAACCUCGUCUUCCUGUCUCCUCGGGAGGACAAGCUGCUUCCUGUCGUGCCCUCCUCCGGCCAAUCAGGGAUCUGCUUCCUUCGGAGGCGGAACCUACUUCCUUCUUGUCGGUCAUGGUAGAAGUCCUCCACGGGCUCUUCCCCUCAGUAGACGGGGCCUUGGAGGCACUGGCUCGCUCCUCCCCUCGACGCUUCCAGGAGAAUCUGUUUGGAGGAAAGUUCCUGAAGAAUGCCGCCAACUUCAACUUGACCGGCGCCGUGGGAACCCAAGGAGUCGUCCGCUUAGACCCGCCCUCCUCUCUGCACAAACAUCAGAACCUGGUUCGCUCUGUCAGCAAAGCCCUUGAGGACCCUGCCUUCCUUUCCGGACUCCACCACAUUCUGAAGGCAGUGAGCAGCUCUGGCUCCGCAUCUCUGCGUCAGGUCCUGACACCUAUGAUGGCUUCCUGCUCGACAGAAAGCAAACACAAUACGGCAUCCAUCUUGGUUCCCAGCUGCACACCAAACGGCAGCUUCCAGGAUGUUCAGUGUCAGGGCAGCGAGUGCUGGUGUGUCACAUCACAAGGUGAAGAGAUCACGGGGUCGCGAGUUGUCAGCGCCAGGCCUCGAUGUCCAUCACGCUGCGAAAGAGCACGAACGGCGGCGCUGACGCUAAAAGAGAAGAUGGCGGCGGGCGCUGUCGUCCAAAUCCCUGAGUGCUCCGAGGACGGAGACUUCCUGCCGUUGCAGUGCGUGGGCUCACGUUGCUUUUGCGUGGACCACCAGGGGGCUCCCGCGAGUGCAGUCUCAGCGGGGGGUGUCGUAACCUGUCCCAACACGAGACCUCAGAAGCCUCCAUCCUCCUCAGGCCAGUGCGCGCGGGCGUUAGAGGCAGUGUCAGCAUUCAGACAGGAAGUGACAAACAUCAUUGCUGUCUCCAACUCCUCUCACAUCCCUGUGGGAUACGGCUUCCUAUUGUCUGAGGGUCUGCGUCUGACCGCCAAGGAGUUGCAGGUCGGCCAAUCAGAGGAGGUGCUGCGUGUUGCCGAUUGGCUAAUGAGUCACUCCAAAGCUGCUUUACGAUUGGCUGCCUAUUCCACCAUCCAGAUGUUGCUGCCUUCAGGACGUCGCACCUAUCAGAUGUUCAGUCCUCAGUGUGACACUGAUGGAGGCUGGCUCCCCACACAGUGUUACUCCAGCACAGGUCAGUGUUGGUGUGUUGAUGAAGAUGGCGAGUAUGUUCCUGAUUCGCUGAGCAGCCGCUCACUUCCUCUGGUCAAAUGUCUCACACGCUGUCAGAGAACUCAGACUCACUCGCUCCUGUCUGGUUGGACGAAAGGCUCUGACGUCAACGCCUCCAUGUCAUGGAACCGCCCACAGUGUGACAAGGAUGGUCGCUUCUCAGUGCUGCAGAAUGAGGGCACUACAGGCUGGUGUGUGAAUCCUCAGAGUGGGGAGACGAUACAGACUGCCACGCGGACCCCUGAUGGACAGCUCACAUGUCCCAGUUGGUGUGAGCUUCAGGGUCACCAGUGUCGCCCUGACGGCACCUUUGUCCCUCUCCAGUGUGAUGUGACGUCCUGCUGGUGCGUGUCCAAUGAUGGACAGGAAGUGGAGGGGACUCGAAAACUUCGACGAACAGGACGCACGCCUUCAUGUGACCGUCCCGCCUGUGCCAAUUUCACUAUCACGCACGGCACCCUGGUGUGCCGCCCUGCGCAAGAUGGCCGACAGAGCUGCGACCUCGUCUGUCAGCGUGGUUACCACAAUUCACUUCCUGUCCAAAGCUUCACAUGCGAGAUGGCUGGCCGCCAGUGGGAAGGAGACAACAAACCUCUGCCUGGAGCCUGCCAGAUCAGUCAGCCUGUACAGAAGUUGUCCAUGUCACAGCAGUGGACGAUGAGCAUGUCCUGCUCAGAGCUGCAAACGCUGCGCUCUCUGCUCUUCAACAACAUGACCAGCAGGGGGCUCUGCUCUGCUCAGCUGCCAGCUUCGGGACGCCAAGUGUCAUUGUGUGACGACUCGUCAGUGCGUGUACAUUGUGAUGGCAAAGGCGCAUUGAUGGUGACCAUCACCUGGACCGCCCUCCUGUCUGAUCUCCUGGCCCCGGACCUCCCUGACCUCCACGACACAGCGAGUCGUCUCCUGGAGGACUUUAAGCAGAUGGUAGCACAUGUCGACUUCAUGUCACAGCCUAUACUGCUUUCUGUGACCACGCCCACCUUGGGUUGUUCCCGUGGAUACCGCAUGAGUAAUGGUGGCGACGGCUGCGUCGUUUGUCCUGCCGGGAGUUACUCCACAAAGAGUGCAUGUCUUCUGUGUCCUGAGGGAACCUAUCAGGACAGAGAAGGGCAGGACUUCUGCAACAAGUGUCCCAAAGGCUCCUCGGCUGCUGGGUCAUUAUCUGUCAAUCAAUGUGUGACAGACUGUGAGAGGCGGGGCCUUCGCUGCUCUGACAGAGGCAACUUCCUGCCAGCGCAGCCUGACUUCCUGUCGGGCAGGUGGACCUGCUUUAACCGUGAGGGGGCUGAGCUUGACUGGACAAAGAGUGACACGCCCCUCACGGACGAGGAUUGCUCAGAGCUCAGCAAGUUCCAGGUUGUUCCCAAAUCAGAAGUGGUCUUUGGAGCUGAAGAUGCUGAAAUCCUGCAAAGGAUAACCUCUGACCUCAAAACGUGUGCUCAAGCGUGUGCAGUGGACACAUCCUGCCAUCAUGUGGCGUUGUCCAACAGCCAGUGUCAACUAUACAGCACACACCCCCUGAACACACACUGCAACACCUCCACCAAGGUCAGUAGCUUUCUGGGUAAUCCUCAGGCCGAGCUCUUUGAUUGGCUGAGGUGCUUCCCGAGAGUGAGGGGCGUGGCCUCCAAUGCACUCGUCAUCAGGAAGAGUGGGGCGGAGUCUACUACAGGCUUCACCAGGAUAGCGAUGGCCAAGGUGGUCUCGGGCGUGUUCAGGACUCAGGUAUUCGCAGACACCUCGCUCGAAGAGGCUCGUCGCUUUUGUGAGGUCGGCUGCCGCAAUGAGGCUUGCUGCGGCGGCUUUAUCCUCAACCAGAACAGCUUGAGUGGUGGUUCUGUGCUCUGCGGUUGGUUGAGAGAUCCCUCCAUCUUGAUGUGUGGCUGGCGCGACUGGGACGUGACCGGGCAAGGAGCUGCCAAUCGCAUUUGUGGGGUGGGACUUGUUUACAACGAGCAGCAGCGGAGCUUCCUGUUUGACUUUGGAGGACAAAACUUAACAAUCACUGAGUCUGCUCUGCCGGUGGACAGUAAGGACAAGAAGGACUACCAAGCGUCCAUUGUGACCUUCCAGGCCAUCUACCUGAAGACAGAAGAGUCGGCCGCCGCUUCCUGUGGUCUUGUCGCAGACUUGACUCAGCCUCUGGAUGGUUCAGUCCAAGGGAAGUUUGUGUCUCUGUCGGAAGAUGACGUCCUGGUGGAUCCUCAGAGGAAACUUCCUGCUCUAUCCUUCUGGAUCAACAAAAACCAGUACACUUCCCAACAGGCUUUGCUGUGGUGCCUCACACGCUGUAAUGACGAGCCUCGGUGCUCUGUGGCCGACCUGAGGGAUGCCGACUCGGCAGGUUUCUUCAGCUGUGUCCUGUUUGCCGACACCCGGGUAUGCGGCGCCUACGACACACCCCUCAGACGCCCCUGCCGCCCCCUGCUGGACAGGAGGCCCAACAACACCCACAGCAAGAUGGUGGAUCUUUCGGGACCAGUGAAGAGUUUCUAUCAGAGAAUUUCCUUCCAGAAGAUGGUCUCUUACUCAGUUCGCAGUCGCGUUACCAUGAAGGACACCACGCCGCUGACUGAAGGGUUUAAGGCUUGUGAGCGACGUUGUGAUGAGGACACUUGUUGCCGUGGUUUUGGCUUCAUCAAAGAUGGGAGCACAGGUGUUGUGUGUGUCUCUCUGAUCAGCCUCGGAGUCCAAACGUGUGGUGAAGACCAUAAGACCAACUGGAGGACACAAGACUGUAGACCCUCUGUAGUCCAGACCACACCAGACCCCUUUGGCUGGUACCAGAAACCGGUGAAUCAGUGGACUUCGUGUCCAGCAUUAUGCCCUGCUUUCAGCCUUCCAACCUUCCCAAACGUAUCCAUGGACAAGUGGAGUCUCCUCGCUGACUCAGCAGUUCUGCUGGACCCGUCCUUUCCUUCUUUUGACAUCAUCCACAUCAGCCGUGACAUCGCCGUCAACCCGGUCCAGACCAGAGAUUGGUGUCUUCAUGCCUGUCGUGAGGCGGAGUCCUGCGCUGCUGUCACUGUUGCCAGGACGGAUUCCGCCACUCGCUGUAUCCUCUAUCCCGAUACAACAGUGUGUGGGUUAAGCUCUACCCCAGACUCAGCAAGCACUGCCUACUCUUGCCGUCUGGUCAUCAGAGAGCCUUCCCCCGAAGUGUACCUGAGGAGAGCAUUGUCGCCCCCGGUUACAACUGUGGCCAUCCCGGGCCAUGGCAGCCUGCAGGGUGUCACUGUGGAAACGGCGUUUGGCCCAAACAGGAAGACGGUGAUUCAGUUCCUGGGAGUUCCGUACGCUCGCCCGCCAAUUGGAGCACUUCGCUUCGAAGAUGCGCAGCCACCUGAUUGGGCAGGGGCCUGGGAUGCCACCAAAUUGCGGCCCACGUGCGUCCAACCAGGUGACCUGGACACCAGUGAAGACUGUCUCUACCUCAACAUCUUCCGUCCUGUUGCCAUGAGGGGGCAUGUCCCAGUGCUGGUGUUCUUCUUCAACCCCUCAGCCAAUCAGAGCCGCGGAAUGUUGGAUGGCUCCACCCUGGCUGCCAUAGGCAACUUCAUCGUGGUAACGGCCAGCUACAGAACAGCAGCACUUGGAUUCCUGAGCACAGGUUCAUCCGGUCUUCGUGGCAACUAUGGUCUGUCUGACCAAGAGGCGGUGCUUCAAUGGGUUAAUGCCCACAUUCAUCUGGUGGGCGGAGACAAGAGCAGAGUAACUGUGGGGGCAGAGCGUGGCGGCGCUGACAUCAUCAGCCUUCACCUGCUGUCGCCCAUGCCUCUCUUCCAGCGAAUGCUGCUCAUGGGCGGUUCGAUCUUUUCUCCAUCAUCUGUCCAAAUGCCGUCUGCCGCCAGAGGGCAAGCGUUCCGUCUGGCCAAAGAGGUGAACUGUGUGACCUCUGAACCCGCUGGCAGUGACGAUGAGAUGGUGGCGUGCCUCAGAGCGACCCCUGUGCACGUGCUCAACGCCGCUCAGACAAAGCUACUGGCCACCAGCGGCCCCUUUCAGUCCUGGUCGCCAACCCGCCACACUGCCUUCCCACUGUCUCUCCACAGAGUGGACCUGCUGCUGGGGACAUCGGAACACGACGGCCUGAUCAGCCGAGCGCAGAGGAUAAAGGACUUUGAGGCUCUGCAGGGCCGUGCUGACGGGAAAACUGCGUUCUACGAAGCUCUGAGCCGCUCGCUGGGCGGAGCCAAAGAUAGUGAGCUGUUGAAGGAGGCGGCGGCCUGGUUCUACUCGCUGGACCACAGCCCCAACCCUGCCGGCUACAACCUGUUCUCCCGAGCGCUAGAUAACGCCACCAGAGACCUGUUCAUCAUCUGCCCCACAUUGCGCAUGGCAACGCACUUUGCCAACAGCAAUGCUAACGUCUUCCUGUAUCAUCAGCCCGCCGCCAGCACGCACAGCAGGGCUGAUGUUCUCGUCCCAUUGGAUGUUCAGCUGGUGUUUGGCGCGCCUCACCAGCCAAUCAGUUGGCAGCGAUUCACCCUGGGCGAGCGCCGCCUCUCGCUGGCUGCCAUGAGCUACGUGUCCAGCUUCGUCAAGACCGGGAACCCAAACCCGUCACAGCUUUGGUCGGCGUCAGCUCUGCCCCGCUGGGAUCCCGUCCUGUCAUCUGCGGCUCCGGCCACCUUCUUGGAGUUAAGCCCUGCCCUCAGUCAGCAGCGAGGCCCGCGUGAGAAAAGCUGCUCUUUCUGGAACAAUCUGGCUGGGCGACUGACAUCAGGGGCGGAGACUACUUUGAUGCCUGAGCUUCCAUUGGAUGCACCGUCCAGUCAGUCGCAAGCCAAGAAAGACACCUACAGCUGAAGCCACAACAUUAUCAUUCUGUGAUGUCAUUGCUCCUAAAAGCACAUGACCGCUUUUCAAUAAUCAAUAAAAUAAUCAAACUGCUGUCAUUGUCAUUUAC